AUGGAACUGCACGACCUGCAUGUAAUGAAAUCAGCUCGCAAGACGUUGCAGAGACGCAAGAAAAAAGACCUCAAAGAGAGAACAGCAGCAUUAUUGGCAGAAGCAGCAGAGGCGAGCAAGAGCAUUCGCUACGCCUGCCGUAACUUCGCCAGUCGUAAAACAAAAGUGAAUACUCUCAGGAACCCAAAUGUAACAAAGCAUAAAGAAGGGGAAUGGAGAAAGUCACUCAUUACUUGUACUCAGAUUUCUUCGGCAGCAACGUCCACCUUCCUCCUCACCAUCUGA